AUGGUCCCUAGGCUCCUCUCUCUUCUCUACCUCCGGCUUUGUGUUGGGCAAACAGACAUUCCUGACAAUGGGGCUUCUCCAAAGCCCAGCCUCAGUGCCUGGCCCAGCUCAGCGCUUCCCAUCAGGAGUAGCGUGACAUUGCGAUGUCAGAGCCUUACCCCGAGUAAAUACUUCAUCCUCAGAAAGGAAGGGCUCUUUUGGGGUUCUGCGGAGCCGUAUAAUCUGACCGAGGAGACUGCUGACUUUCAUAUCACCGAGCUUCGACAGAGUGAUGGAGGACACUACACCUGUGAAUACUACAGCAAGUGGCCCCCCGCCACACUGUCACAGUCCAGCGAUGCCGUUCUUCUUCUGGUCACAGGGUACUUACCUAAACCUUCUCUCCAGGCCCACCACCGGGGCACAGUGACUGCAGGAAGCAAGGUGACUUUGCAGUGCCAGAAAGCAGGCAGCGGCGUGCUGGGACCCGUAAGGUUUGCGUUGCUGAAGGUGGGUCGGUCGUCCCCUGUGCAGACGAGGAGCCCUACCGGAAUGGCGUUAGAUUUCUCUCUUCAGACUGUGACAGCCAGAGAUUCGGGGAAAUACAGCUGUGUGUACUACCAGGCAAAGGCUCCCUAUAGAGCCUCAGCUCCCAGCGAUCUCCUUGAGAUCUCUGUGAUAGCCGCCUUUCCCACCAAGCCUUUCGACAGCGACCCCACACAAGCCCCCAGAGCCCCGGGGUACCUCAUCCGGCUUGGCGUCGCAGCUGUAGUCCUGGUGAUAAUGGGAGGUUUCCUGGCUGAAGCCUGGAAUAGGCAGAGGCUGUCUCCAAAUAGUCCCAGGCCCCACAGUACCUCAGGGGAAAAAUGA